UUUUCAGUAAUUAUCAAAAAGAUGUUUACCUUACGGGCAUGCUCCUUAAUUCUUGUGUCAGUGGCUGUGUUCGUUUUGGGUCGCCCCGCUGAAGAACAAAUGACCGAGAAGGAUUUUACAAACUUGGUGUUCACUGUGGAGAAGUUUGAUCAAAUUUUGAAGGCCUAUUCUGAAUACAAACAAUUCAUGCCUUCUUACGUUCUGGAACCACUUGAUAACAUCACCGACGAACAGAAAACUCAGGCAGUUCAGAUGGUGAAUGACUAUCACGCAGGCAAGUUUGAGCCGAAGAACUACGAUGAGUACAUCGCAAUCAUGAAGAAGAGCUAUCCAGCAUUGGCAGGUCCAUAUGAGACAAUGUACAACAAGUACAAAGAACAGGUUGCCAAAUUGGGACCAAAGGGACAAGAAUAUUGCAAUGGGCUCGAAGCUCAAAUGUACACCGAUGCCUCCCCUGACCGUGUUGUCUGGGCUUGCCAUAUCUUCAACAAUGCCAAGUCCGCAGUUAGUGGAGCAAAAGCUCUUCUUCAGGAUGAUUCGGAAGCGGCAAAGAUUGAAGAAGCAUUCCCAGAGGCUGUGAAACUUCUUAAUAGCAAAAAAUUUGAAGCCUACUCGAUUAUCGUUAACAACCUGAAACCAUUGGAUUGCGUCAAGGAUCGUGAGCAAGUCUUCAAUACUAUCAAAUUGAUGGAUAAGCAAAGUGUGCUCACCAAUAAUUGAUAAUUUUCUUUUUCGACUCCAUAUCAUUGAAUAGUUCAAAAACAUAAAUCUAUUUGAUUUGU